AUGAUUAUUCCACAAACCCUCGACAUUGGGAGAAGACCAGCGGAGAUCAGAAACUACAUGAACAUUGAAGGGGAGAGCAGCAGACGUGGAACCGGAAGCAAGAUUUCUGGUAAAGACGUCGACGGCCAAGUGGGCGGAGCUAUGGAGUUUAUGUACUGUAUUCCCGAUCUUGAGGUCUUUAUUGACAAGACUAUCAAAAAGUGUCUACUGGAGUAUGACUUAGAUGCAAAUGAUACUGAAGCAGUAUUAGAUGAUAUGGAGAAGGCGUGGCCUAAGUCUCCGCCUAGACCUACAGAGAGACAUUCUUUGAAAGACUGUAAUGAUAAUACCGAAAAAGCAACAAAUAGUCGGCCGGGUUCAGUAGCCAAUCAUUUUCAAGGAACUCCGCCACUGGAGAUGGCAGUAAACAGUACAGUUCUCAGAGAAGGCAACACAGAUCAUACCACGGAACAGACAGAGGGAACUCCAGAGGCAGAGUUGUCAAAGAAGGUGGAGCCAGCUAAUGUAGCGUCCAAUGGGAACAAAUAUCUUGAGCAUCUGACCAUGGAAAGCUACAGAAGUGACACCUCAAGUCCUGAUGUGGGUGAUAAAAAGUUGCAGACUCUGAGGCAUCCAAAACUGAAGUCUCUUCUUCAGCAGCGUUACUUUGAAGGGCAGGAAAGCACCAACUCCAAGAAAGAACCACCUGAAAGGAAAGAACAAGACAAACCUGACCCGGCAUGGAAUACAAAUAAACACAUGUCCAGCAACCUGGAUCUCCUUGCAUCUGCAGCAAAUAUUCAUACCGAGUCUGCAACAGAGCAUAAGAUGCAAGCUAUUCGUCGGCUUCAGGAAGAGUCUGAAAGAGAAUAUCAGAUCAAGGUCGCAAAACAGCGGCAUGAUAGGGCAGUCCUUGAAUCGUCAUCACCAGAACUUCAUAGAUCCAUGCCUGUCCUUCUAAAAUUAAUGUCAUCAUCUUCUUCGUCAAGCCUGCCAGAGUACACUAUCAGCUCUCCGAGGACUGUGGGAAAUGAUCUUCAUAGUAACAGUUUCAAGGUUGGUAGUCCAGCAGACACAAGCCAAAGGAUAUCUCCAAGUUCCACAUUCCAUGAAGAUUCACGCUUGGUGACCAUUUCAAAACAGCAUGAGAAAUAUGCGGCUCCUACAUUAAACCAGGAAAGAACACACCAGUUAUUCCAGCAUUAUCAAAAUGGCUACAAUUCUGUAUUACCACAAGAUGGCAUGGUCUCAAAGCGGGAAUAUUCAUCAUCACCAAACGAGAGGGAUUUAAAACUUGGGAGAGGACAGUUUCCAUCUUCUCAUCCUUCUAGUCUGUCAUGGGAUGGAGCUACUAGUCGAGCUGCAUCAAGUGCCCAUUAUAACCACUUGGCUUCAAGCUCCCAGUACCACAAUCAUUUUGACCGCCAUCAAAGUAAUCCAGAAACUUUUCUGCAACAAUUUCAUUUCCAUGGGUCAAGAAUAGCCAACAUCAUUGCCGAGGAGCUUCAGAAAGAUGAUGACAGCGAACAUGAGUCACAGUCUAAACAAAGUUAUUAUUCUGAAAAUAGGGUAGCUGCUGUGGAGGUGAAAUCUUCAACUGUAAAUAACCCCAUACUCACCAAAACCUCCUUGUUGCCUGGAGCGAAUAAAAGGGCUGCGUCUAGCGAGACCAAAAUGUUUUCGUCCUAUAACUCGCCAGCUCAUACCCAAAUAGAUAUGCAUUACAAGGCAGCCAGUGCAGAUAAACCUCAAAUCUUUAGUCACUCAGAGUCAGUGCCCAAGCUCUUGCCAGCUCAUUUUACCAUGACCAAUACUCAUUUGGGUAGUGCCAUCAAGGUGCCCCUUUUAGACCCUGCAACAUCCUUAAGGAGUGAUAGUGACGUUGCUUUCAGAACAGUUGCAGAUGACGAUAACCAGCCUCAAGAUUUGAGCACAAAGUCCAGGAAGAUUCAAGAAGAUGUGUUUGAGUCUGGGAUUCAUCGCCUGAGAGGUUUCAUUCCAGCUGUAACUACCGUAGACUACACGACAGCUUCAAGAUCUCCAUCAUCUGCUACUUCCCUCCAGGCCCCUCAUCUUGAAUCUCCUGGUGCAAGAAAGUCACUUUCCCCUUGCAAUCACUCAGACAGCAAAUCUCAUCAUUCCUCUACAAACAUAGAGAGUAUUCAACUGAAAGCAUCAGAGAAAUGGGACAACAGAGACCCAGAGUCCCACUUGUACAUGACUCCUGCAAGACCCAUAAACAAUCAGACUACAAAAAGAAUCAGUGACUUCGUUCAAGAUAUUUCUGAAACUGGAAAUGUAAAGGCACAGAAAAGGAGAAAGUUAGAGUAA